AUGGCAUCGUCGUCCGCGUGCGAGAAGAAGCCCGUCAGGAUCUCCGACUGCCUCCUCCGCGGCGACGACGACAGCGACGGCGCCGCCGCCGAGCUGGCCGUGGUGGUGCCGGGGACGCCGCCGCGGCUGCGCAUCCCGGGCUUCACGUGCGCGCGCAUACGGUUCGUGCGGUUCGGCAGGAGCAAAGGGCGGAAGGAGCUCGCCGUCGCCGCCGAGAAGAGCGAGGCCGCGUCGUCGGCGGCGGAGGCGGACGACGCCUCAGGACGCGAGGCUGGGAGUGGCAGCGGCGCGUCGUCGUCGGCGGCGGCGGCGACAACGGAGGCGGCCGCCGGCUUGGGGCUCAGCCUGCUGUUCCUCCUGGCAAGGACGUCCGUCGAGCUCAACAAGAUGGGCGAGGUGCGCGCGCAGAUGGAGGCGCUCCUCGGGGAGAUGAGGGACGAAGCUGCCAGGUGCAAGCGCCACAUCACCGCAGCUGCACGUCGACAUCUUCGGCCGGCGUCGUCGUCGACCUCGAGCACCCCCGCUUCGGGUUACUCCACGGACACGACCGGCGGCGACGGCCGUUCGACUUCCUCGCCGGCCAUGGCGACGGCCAACUGCGAGACCGAGAAGCAGGUGCAAGAAGAAGAAGAGGGGUGGUCCGACGGCGAGUUCAUCGAGCUGGAGGGAGGGUUCGGCACCGGCGCCGGUCUCAGCCUGAGGCGAGGCAUCAACGUCCACGACGACGAAGAGGACGGUGCAGUGUCCGGCGUGGAGCUGGAGAGGAGGCUGCACGAGCUGCAGCACGAGAGGGACAGGGAGCGGGUGGCGGAGCUGGAGGCGGCGCUGCGGCGGGCGGAGCGGAGGGUGGUGGAGAAGGAGAUGGAGGCGCGGCUGUGGAAGGACACGGCGGAGCUCGCGCUGCAGCGGCCGCCGCCGCCGCUCGCCGUCCGGCGAUGACGGCGCCCAUGGGCAACGUGCGUCCGCUGCUCGUGGCGUUGUUUACUCUGUUUUUUAACCGAAGAGUACUGUAGCUACUUGGCAGGUAGGAAAAUUGUACGGUAAUUUUUACUGUUUUUUUAACCGUAUAUAAGAAAAUAAUUGAACAAUGUUUUACUACAAUGUAGAUAAAAUAGUACUCGUACAUUGUAUUGGAGGAGUUUAGAACAAAGUAGCAACUAGUUCCUCCUGACG